AUGACUACUCCCCUCAAUGAAGAGGAGGCAGCCAGUCCCAGUACUGAACAGUCUCCAAGCCAAGAAGAACCACACUGGGCCUUCUCGAGGCUCACAGUGGAACGGGCUUUGAAGCGGGUUAGGGCUCGAACGGCCACUGGUCCUGACGACAUACCAGCGCGCAUACUGAAGUGCUUGGGAGAGGACUCGAGGGAACAGCUCGCAGAGAUCCUCACAGCCAUCAUUGAAGGCGAGCCCAUCCCUAAGAAUGGCAUGAAGGCAAGGAUAGAGAGGGCCUUGCUGAACUCAAACCUCGGGUUUAGCAUGCGAUUCAGCACAACUAGUGCCAGCGAGAACUACCACCUGCCUGGUUUGGCAUUCGCAGACGAUCUGGUUGUUAUGGCAGAGAGUAACCAGGAUUUGCAGUCCCUCCUCGACAUCUGCCAGACAGAGGUUGCGAGUCUUGGACUUCGGUUCAACACUAAGAAAUCAGCGGUUGUCUGUCUGGCAGGAGGGAACACGGAUACAGCGGCGCUGACCUUGGGAGGAGAACCACUGACUGCACGCAACGACUACAGGUACCUUGGUGUUACCCUGUGUGUGGAUGCCGCAAAAUACAGUCUACACGAGACCAUGAUUCGACAGGCGGCGCUGCAGCAAGCUCAACGAAUCCUUCAUCGUCGAUGCCUCUGGGGCUGCAACCGCUUCCAAAUGAUCCGCGACUUAUGGAAAAUGGUGCACGUGCCGGGUCUGACGUUUGGAAACGCCGUUGUGUGCCUAUCACCAACGACACGGGAGUGGUUGGAGCGCCAGCAGAGAGAGGUCGGCCGUGCGGCGCUUGGUUGCCAUGGUCGAGUUGCCAACGAGGCGGUGCAGGGGGAUGUCGGCUGGUCCAGCUUUGAGGCUCGGGAAGCCACCAGCAAGAUUGCUUACCAGGGUCGUCUCAUGCUCAUGCGACGCACUCGGUGGGCGCGUCGUGUGUUCGAGUACCUGUCAGCAACCUGCAUGCGGACGGACUGGACGCGACGAAUCUACCAACUGGAAAAAAACGUAUGGCUUCUUUAA